AUGCCCGUCACGGAGAUUGACAGUAAAGUGAGUUGGAAUUGUAGAGUGGGGUCUUUAACGGGGUCAAAUUUCAAGUAGGUGCUAGUCGUUCCAGAAAGUGCGUAGACUUUUUGUUACCGUGCACAAAACCCCAUUUUUGCACCGUUCAUUUGAACGCUUGCACGGUGCAAGUGCAAUAUCGCAGCGGCGCAGCUUUUCUGAACGAAAACGUCGCGAAUUUUGGGGGAGAAAAGAAAUCGUUGACGAAAAGUUUGCUUUUCGCAGAGAAAAGUCGAGAUUUUUUGCCCGAAAAAUCUCCAAAAAUAUGAUUUUUUUUCAAAUUUUCAAAAUCAAAAAAAUGACGUCAUAUUUGAAGGGUGAUUUACCCUCUGGCUAUAAACCAAUCCCUGAAAAUCUUAGCCUAUUUUCGGCGCCAGUGAAGAUAUUCAACGAACUUUACCGGCCGAGAGAGUACGCUGAAUGCGGAGGGCGGUCAGAGAAAAACCCCCUAUAUCGCUGCCAGUUUCGUUCGGAGAAAAUUGAAAAGGAUCGUGUCGCGCGACAUGCGCCAUGCGUUGCGAAAAAGGGCCGAAAAAAGUGUGCGCCGCGGCGCAAGGUUUCCCAACUUUGUCGCCGCAAAUUUUGCUCGCGCGGCAGACAUUUCACCGUGCGAAAGGUGGAAAAAUGCACCGCGAAAAAAGUCUGCGCAUUUUCUGGAAGAAUUAGUAUACCACACUUGACUCAUGUUUUGAUGCGUUGGAUGCGAACAGAGCACCUGGGCGAACAGUUCACGAGGACCAAACCGAUUUUUUGAGAAUUGUUUUGGGUUCUGAAAAAAUGAUUAUAUCGGUCUGUCGGGAAAAAAACGGCGGAUCGUCGCGCCUCGGAGUCGCUCAUCAUCGCUUUGCGACUGCAAGCCGCGGCUUGGGAUUUGGCGGGCGAUAGCGGCGAGGCGAUACAUUUUGCUGCGACGAUCCGCCGUUAUUUUUCCGACAGACUGAUAGUAAGUGUGGCGGACAAAAUUUACCUUGGUCUUCCCUUACCAUCAAACCAAAGAAAGUAGAUCGAAAAAACCUGCUUGCUCCCGUUUUACACAAGUCUAUUUUUAAGGUGAACUGUUUGCCGAGGUACACUGUUUGGCCAGGUGCAUUGCUCGGACCAACUCGUCUGUAGCCACCUCUGAUGGUUCCAAAAAAAACUUGAGAAAACCAAAAAAAAAAAAAAAUAUCGCACGGCGACAACUUUAGAUUCACGGUGCAAUGGGAAAGGAAAAGUCUAUUUUUUUGUAAAAAAUUUCUUCCUUUCCCAUGCCCUAGACAGUGCGAUUCAAAAAUCGCUUUACUUUUCAAUUACAGGGUGGGGCAUCUUUGUGGCCCGAUUUGAAUUGGCUAUAACUUCUUUAGUUUUUGGCCAAAUUUUAAAAUUCUUUUUUUCCCUGAAUCGUCAGCCAACCCCAUUUUGUUUGAUGCCAAAUAUGUUAUACAUAGGUAAGUGUCAUCUACAGUUAUUGAUUAUUCUUGUAGUUCAUUUUUUUGGUCGUUUUCGGUUGUUUUUUCGGCCUUUCCCGGUGUGUCCGAAAAUGGAGUCCGGUGUGGAAGAAAAAGCUUGGUCUGUGGUUUGGUAUGGCAAAUACGGUUCGCCGAUAAAUGACUGUAGAUGACUGUCCAAUAACUGUAGAUGACACUUACCUAUGUAUAACAUAUUUGGUAUCAAGCAAAAUGGGGUUGUCUGAGGAUUCAGGGGGAAAAAGAAUUUUAAGAUUUGGUCAAAAACUAAAGAAGUUAUCGCCAAUUCAAAUCGGGCCACAAAGAUGCCCCACCCUGUACAUAAUUACCUUACAUUCAGGAGCAGCUACAGAAGAUCCUGGAGGAAGCGGGCGAUGGUUUGGUGGUUGUCAAAUUCUUCGCCACAUGGUGCGGACCUUGUCGAAUGAUGGCGCCAAAGUUCUUGGUAUAGUUGGCUUUUUUGUUUGUAUACAAAUUUAUUAUUUGUAUACAAUAUGUUGUUUGGUUUACAAGGGAAGUACCCGAAGUGCGACGGUCAUAUUUUCUUUAAAUUUUAAACAUUCUUGGGGCAUAGUUCAUAUAUCAACCACUGAAAAUUUUAGCUCGGACUUUGCAGCGGCAGCCGGGAUAUUCAACGAUUUGCCGAGAGAGUGCGCAAAAAGCGGAGAGCGGUCAGAGGGAACCCCUUUUUGGCCAUAUCUUUGCCAGUUUCUGGCGGAAAAAAUUGAUUUUUUGUAGAAACGUUACUCUCUACGGUAGAAAUAGCUAUGAAACUUUUCAUGCCAAAAUUUGAAAAAAAAGUUGUAAAUUUUUUUCCAAUUUUUGACCAAAAAAUCUCGGUCGUUUCUGCAAGGCGCGAGCUAGAAAUCUCGAAUAUGUCCUAAAAAAUCGUUCUAAAUUUGUGCCAACUUUCAUUAAAAUCUGAGCGUCGUACUUGAAGUACUCCCCUAUCAUCAGUCUGUCGGGAAAAUAAUGUGGAUUUGUCGUGGAAAAAAGUCUCUUCUCACCGCAGCCAAAUCUCCAGCUGGAGGUCGCAUGAUGGGCUUCCAAGGCGCGACAAAUCCACGUUAUUUUCCCGACGGACUGAUAUCAAGCUGUCGGGAGAAUGGUGUGGAUUUGUCGCAGCAAAAUUUCUCUCCUCGUGCCUGCUAUUAGGUCUAAAAGUAUGACUCCGCCGUUUUUUUGUUUUGCAUUUUUUACAAGUAGGAAUACAAUUUUGCAAUUUCGGUUUAUACGAUAUGAAAGGACGUUGAAAACGCUGUCCAAUGACAUACGCUUCGUACAGUGAGGCCUUAUAUAACGGUUUUUAUGAAGCUUCAAAGAUGACCGACUUCAUCUCAAGAAGAGGUGACAAAUUGUGGGAAAAUAUCGUGGUUAGCAGUGGUAAUAAUAAUUAAAUAAGCUUUAAUGUAAUUUUUUUUGUUUUGAUUAAAAUUGUCGAGCCAAAAAAACGGCGGACUCAUACUUUUAAACCUAAUAGAAUUAGAAAAUUACUUUAUUCAUCGCAAAUUGAACUCGUUGAAAAAACACCUGUUUUUAGAAGCUCUCCAACGAAUACACUGGCGUCACUUGUGUGGAAAUCGAUGUGGAUGAACAGGUAGAUUUUAGUCAUCAAACAAAAAUAAUGUAUAUAAAUGCACAUAUGAAAGUUUACACUUUUUUAAUUUUUUUAACCUUUAUAUACUGUAGUAUAUGAAGCCACAUACCGGCUCUUUGAAGCCAUAAUAUGAAACAUUAAUCCCUUCAAUUUCGCUUCCAGGAAGAGCUGGUCCAGGCCUAUGACGUGAAUGUAAUGCCGACCUUUGUUUUCGUCAAGAAAGGCCAGGAAAAUGUAAGUUCUCCCAUUUUUUAUUAGCUACAUAAAAUGUCAUGGGAAUGCGGCAGUGUUCUCAUGGCAAAUAAUGAGAGCUUUCGAGGGAAUGAGGUCAAUUAUAAUGCUGUAGUUUGAAGGAAAAUUUGAAGUCCAACUGAGGCUUGUUAUAACGGUUUAACAGAGAGCUUAACUCCAUGCCGAAUGCUAGGAGAAGGCUUAGUUAGUAGAAAUAAUAAGAUGGGUCGUAUCCUAGGAUAGCUUAUCACCAAUUUGAGGUAUUUUACAUGUACUCAUACUCACAUCAAUAAUGUCUAAACAAAAGUUACGAAUCUUCGUUAUUUGCCUCAAAUUUUGGUCUUUUAUAUGUUAAAAUAACUCGGAGUGAAGAAAAGUAACGUUAGUAAAAGCUAAAGUUGGAAAGAGUUCAGAUUUUGCAAGUCUUCUCCAAGUCUCCGUCGAGCCUUUGCUGAGCCUCCGCCGAGCAUCGAGCGAGUUUCCCAGGCUUCGUAUACUGGUUGACAAAAAUUUCUUUCCACCUCGUAUCUCGGGAACCGCUGGGCCUAGAACCCCCAAAUUCGGCACAGACACAUCCUGGGACAAUCUAACACCAUACCCAAAAAAUAAUUUAAUUUGAUGCACUUUCAGUGCACUUUUUAUGCAAAGGGCAAAAAACGGGAUGACAAAAUUUUCUUUCCGCUUUGGAAAAAACGCUUGUAAAUCAUAAGCCAGGGGGCGCUAAGGCAUUAUUGUAGUAUCGUUGUGUUCGCGAAGGAGUCCUCUCUUGUCACAAUUUCACAGGAGUUUUCGUUUUAGGCGCUUCUUUCAAACUAUUUUGUAAGAAGUGCCUACAAAAAAAAAUUCUGGUGCGUAUCGAAAAAAGCCGUUUGCACGGGGCAAAAAGCCAGGAUUUGCACAGUGCAAAGUGAACUUUUGUUUUCGCACAGCGCAUGCCGCCAUAUAUAGUUGCUCCAGCGACUUUGCGGACGGACUGGUUUCAAGAUUAACGUUUGGAUGGCAUUUUCUAUAGAAAUAUGUGUCAAAACUUGCUCAGAGUCUGUAGCUGUUCUGUAAUCUUUUUUCGCACCAUGUUGAGCUAACGGCGAUGUAAAAAAUGUUCUAAAAUUUUCACUGCACUCUCGGAAAGAGGAUUAAACAUCUCCGCCGCGGAUCGAAUCUGAGCGCGCAAAAUUUAAGGGAUUGGUUACUGGGGUAUUUGGAGAGUCUACGCAAAAUUUUAAUAAAUUUUUGGAAGUACCCCAACAUAAAAAAAAUCAAUAAAAUCGAAAAAAUUUUUUUGCGAACAGUAGAGCAUUUAUCCACCGCUUAAUGUUUUUGUUUUUUUUUCAGUUCAUCCUCGAAGGCAAUAAUUUCGAAGAGCUGAAGAAGAACUUUGAAGAGCGCUCCAAAUGA